GCCUUUUUGUGCAGUGCCGUCGGCUGGCUGGAUGUGUAGAUGAGCAGCGGCAGAUGAAGACAAACGCCGGCAGAUGAAGACGAGCGCCAGCACGUUGCUUGUGCUGCUGCUGACCGGGGCGUGUUUACGCGGGGCCAUAUGCAGCCUGCCCACGGAGUCAUGCCAGGUCACCGGCGAAGCGGCACCGCGGCGCACCAUCACCGGACGUCACCUCGACGACAUCCGGUCGGGUUUCGGGACUGGUCAUCGUGACAACUUUCGACGACUUCCCGGACUUUGUCGCCGCCUGAGGAGGCGUCGCUUCAGUUACCUGUGUCACAAAGCCAACUACUGCUGGUGGGGGCGGAGCCAGGGCUCGGAUCAGAGUGGCCAGGUGUGCCCAUGUCCGACAGGGUCCAAGUGUUCCCGUGUCUUCAUUCGCAGCAUCUGACCGCCGUCUUGACUCAAUUCCUGCCGCCAAUCAUUCCUUCAAAUUUAUUGCCCAACAAACAUUUUCAUGUUGUUGCUGUUUGACUGAAAAGCGAUGCGCUGAUUCUGAUGGCAGCAUGAUGUGGUUUGGAGUACAUGCUUUGUUUGUUGUUCGCCGUGACAAAGAAAACAACUUGUGUCACAUGGGUUUUGAGCUGCCGUCAGUUUUGAUCGUCAAUAUUUGUGACGAUGAUGACGAGGAGGAACGUUGG